CUCCUCUUCUUCCUCCAGCGAAGCGAACGCGCCAUGACGCCGUGAUCGCCGCGCGUGCGUGCAGCACCGGAAACCAAAUGUCGUGGGCUUCGUGGGCACGGGCACGCGCGUGUUCGUGACCAUGCCAGCAGCAGCAGCAGCGGCGGUGAUGAUGAGGGGGGGCCGGCCGCGCCUUCCCGCCGCGCGGACCCACCACUGACUGAUCGACAGGGUGGGGGUGGGUGGAGGGGGGGAGCUUUUUUGGAGAGGAAGGUGCGUGUACGUGGAAGCCGCAGUCAUCAGCCUCGUGAACGCGCAGGGAGAAAAGGGGCGCCAAGAUGAUGUGCGAGGUGAUGCCCACCAUCAGCGAGGACACGGCGCUGAGCCAGCGCGGCUCCCAGGGCGGCUCGUCGGACCCGGACUCGCACUUCGAGCAGCUGAUGGUCAACAUGCUGGACGAGAGGGACCGCCUCCUGGACACGCUGAGGGAGACGCAGGAGAGCCUGGCGUUGGCCCAGCAGCACCUGCAGGACGUCAUCUACGACCGCGACUCGCUGCAGAGGCAGCUCAGCUCCGCCCUGCCGCAGGAGUUUGCGGCACUCACCAAGGAGCUGAACGCUUGCAGGGAGCAGCUGCUGGAGAAGGAAGAGGAGAUCUCCGAGCUGAAGGCCGAGAGGAACAACACCAGGCUGCUGCUGGAGCAUCUGGAAUGUCUGGUGUCGCGACACGAGCGUUCCCUCCGCAUGACGGUGGUCAAGAGGCAGGCCCAGUCGCCCUCGGGGGUCUCCAGCGAGGUGGAGGUCCUCAAAGCCCUCAAGUCCUUGUUUGAGCACCACAAAGCCCUCGACGAGAAGGUGAGGGAGCGACUGCGGGUGUCGUUGGAGAGGGUGUCCGCCUUGGAGGACGAGCUUACAGCAGCCAAUCAGGAGAUCGUGGCCUUACGUGAGCAGAAUGCUCACAUCCAGAGGAAGGUGGCGUCGGGCGACGGCGGCGACGACAUCCUGGAGGGUGGAGAAGCUCAGCAGAAGGUCCACGGAAAGCGGAUGUCCAACGGCUCCCUGGAGUCGGCCCGCGAGGCCAGCCAGGUGGUGGAGCUGCAGGACCUGCUGGAGAAGCAGAACUACGAGCUGGCCCAGAUGAAGGAGCGCAUGUCCUCGCUGUCGUCCCGCGUCUCCGAGGUGGAGCAGGAGCUGGAGACGGCCCGCAAGGACCUGAUCAAGUCCGAGGAGAUGAACAACAAGUACCAGCGGGACAUCAAGGAGGCCAUGUGCCAGAAGGAGGACAUGGAGGAACGCAUCGUCACGCUGGAGAAGCGCUACCUCAGCGCCCAGCGAGAGUCCACGUCGGUGCAUGACAUCAACGACAAGCUGGAGAACGAGCUGGCCAACAAGGAGGCCUUCCUCAGGCAGAUGGAGGAGAAGAACCGGCAGCUGCAGGAGAGGCUGGAGUUGGCCGAGCAGAAGCUCCAGCAGACCAUGAGGAAGGCCGAGACGCUGCCGGAGGUGGAGGCCGAGCUGGCCCAGAGGAUCGCCGCCCUGACCAAGGCAGAGGAGCGUCACGGGAGCAUCGAGGAGCGCAUGAGGCACUUGGAGUGUCAGCUGGAGGAGAAGAACCAGGAGCUUCUCAGGGCUCGCCAGCGGGAGAAGAUGAACGAGGAGCACAACAAGCGUCUCUCCGACACGGUGGACAGGCUCCUCACCGAGUCCAACGAGCGUCUGCAGCUGCACCUGAAGGAGCGAAUGGCGGCGCUGGAGGAGAAGAACCUGCUGAUCCAGGACUCCGAGGGCUACAGGAAGCAGUACGAGGAGUCCAUACAUGAGAAGACGCACCUGGCCGAGGAGAUAGAGAAGCUGAGAUCGGAGUUGGAUCAGUUCAGAUUGAGGGCAGGAUCCCUCACAGAACCGACCCUCUCACGGUCUCAUCUGGACACGUCCGGCGAGCUUCGGUUCUCGCUGGGGUCUCUGGCCGAGACCCAGUCGGACCACUACCGCUCGGCCAAGGUCAUCCGCCGGCCCAGGCGAGGCCGCGUGGGUCUGCGUGAAACCAAGGCCAAGUCAUUGGGGGAGCACGAGUGGCGCUCACAGCAGCUCGGGGUCCUGGGGGGCCACCACUUUGAGAGCGACACGGAGAUGUCCGACAUCGACGACGACGACAGGGAAACGCUCUUCAGCUCCAUGGACCUCCUCUCACCUGGCGGCCACUCCGACGCACAAACCCUGGCUAUGAUGCUGCAGGAGCAGCUGGACGCCAUCAACAAGGAGAUCCGGCUGAUCCAGGAGGAGAAGGAGUCCACCGAGCUUCGGGCCGAGGAGAUCGAGAACCGCGUGGCCAGCGUCAGCCUGGAGGGUCUCAACCUGGCGCGGAUGCACCACCACCACCACCACCACGGCGCCUCCAUCACCGCCUCGGCUACGGCCUCCUCGCUGGCGUCGUCGUCCCCGCCCAGCGGACACUCCACCCCCAAACUGGACCCCCGGAGUCCUGCUCGCGACAUGGAGCGUAUGGGGGUGAUGACGCUGCCCAGCGAUUUACGGAAGCACAGGAGAAAGAUAGCGGCGGUGGACGAAGACGGCCGCGAGGACAAGGCCACCAUCAAGUGCGAGACGUCGCCGCCGCCCACGCCGCGCACCGUCCGCAUGACGCACACGCUGCCGUCCUCGCACAAUGACGCCCGCGGCAUGGCCGCCCUGGAGGCUGAAGGCGGCACCCUGAGCAGCGUCGCCAGCAGUCAGGACUCCCUGCACAAGCAGCCCAAGAAGAAGGGCAUCAAGUCGUCCAUCGGGCGUCUCUUCGGCAAGAAGGAGAAGGGACGACUGGUGCAUCUGGCCCACAGACACGUCAUGGUGGAUCCGCAAGCUACUAUGAUGGAUCCGGACAUGGCGGGCCAGGACGUCGGAGUCGGCAAGCUGGGCACUCAAGCUGAGAAGGACCGCCGCUUGAAGAAGAAGCAUGAACUGCUGGAAGAAGCCAGGAGGAAGGGCUUGCCUUUUGCCCAGUGGGACGGACCCACCGUGGUGGCCUGGCUGGAGCUGUGGCUGGGAAUGCCGGCCUGGUACGUGGCGGCGUGCCGCGCCAACGUCAAGAGCGGCGCCAUCAUGUCGGCCCUCUCCGACACGGAGAUCCAGAGGGAGAUCGGCAUCAGCAACCCUCUCCACCGCCUCAAGCUCCGCCUGGCCAUCCAGGAGAUGGUGUCCCUCACCAGCCCGUCGGCGCCGCCCACCUCCAGAACUCCGUCCGGCAACGUAUGGGUGACCCACGAGGAGAUGGAGACCAUGGCCGCCCCUUCCAAAACGAAGUCCCGGUCUGAGGAGGGGAGCUGGGCCCAGACGCUGGCUUACGGCGACAUGAAUCACGAGUGGAUCGGGAACGAGUGGCUGCCCAGUCUCGGACUACCUCAGUACCGCAGCUACUUCAUGGAGUGCCUGGUGGACGCCCGCAUGCUGGACCACCUCACCAAGAAGGACCUGAGGGUGCACCUGAAAAUGGUGGACAGCUUCCACAGAACAAGUUUACAAUACGGCAUCAUGGGCCUGAAGAAGCUCAACUACGACAGGAAGGAGCUGGAGCGGCGGCGAGAGACGAGCCAGCACGAAAUGAGAGACGUUCUGGUGUGGAGCAACGAGCGUGUGGUCCGAUGGGUGCAGAGCAUCGGUCUGAGGGACUACGCCAACAUCCUGCACGAGAGCGGCGUGCACGGAGCGCUGGUCGCCCUGGACGACAACUUUGACUACAGCAGCCUGGCACUGCUCCUCCAGAUCCCCACCCAAAACACUCAGGCCCGGCAGAUUCUGGAGCGCGAGUACAAUAACCUCCUGGCGCUGGGCACCGACCGCCGGCUGGAUGAGUGCGACGACAAAGACUUCCGGGGUCCGUCGUGGAGGAGGCAGUUCCCGCCGCGGGACGUGCACGGGAUCAGCAUGAUGCCCGGCUCGGCUGAAACGCUCCCAGCCGGCUUCCGCCUCACCACCACGUCCGGUCACUCACGGAGGCUCCCCCCAGACGUCCUCUACGAGGAUGACAGUCCCGACGACAUGUAUGUGGAUUGGUUUCAAGUCGGACCCUCUGCAGUGCAGCGGCUGGACAGCUCCACGGUGAGAACCUACUCGUGCUGAGAGAGAGAGAGGAGGCGGACCUUAAACUGUACACUGCGCAGUUCUGAACGGAGCUGCUGGACGGGCCGAAGCGGUGGGUGGGGGGCGGGGGACAGCUGGGGGCACGCCAUUGGGACAACUCGCACUGCCAAGAAGCCCCCCCCAUCUCCAAACCUCACCUGCCAGCCCCUCCCCCACUCUGAACGCCGGUGCUAAACUCCACAAUCCUGCAGGCUGGCGGCCAUUUCUACCUUUUACACGUAAAGCAUAUGAUGUACUGUCUUUUUUUUUUCUUUCUUUUACAAAAGAUGAUGUAGGUUAUCUGUACAUGAAUAUAAAUAUGACAUUUUUUAAAUAUACGUACACACGUCUAUUGUGCAAAGAAAUGUUAGUGGACCAUAGAUAAUAUAAUGCUGCUCUCAGAACACAUCGCCCUUCUAUUUUUUCAUCGUGCUGAGAGGAUGUCGCCCUCUAGUGGUCGCUGUGAGCCAUGUUUCUUCCGGAGAGAGGACAAGCACAAAACUAACAACCAAUGGGAACGCGUUACUCGUCCAGUCCCGCCCUCUCGGAACAACAAACAGGAAGACGGACCGCUUCCGCUCAUCGUGUGCGUAGAGUGUUUGUUUGACCCGACAACGUGAGGUGAAAACGCUUGUUGUGACAAUUUGGUGUCUUCGACCUCUUUUCCUGUCUUUUUUUUGUUUUUUUUUUUAAAAGAUCUUCAAUUUGCACGAACAUGGAAUCAUGACAUCUUGUGUCUAGAUAUUUUGGAUUUAUUUAUGACUUCUUGUACUUACAUUACGUCGUGGUGAGCAAAAGAAAUUAAAAAGGAAAACGACUGAAGAGUGAGAUUAUUU